AGUGUCCAUACCCUGCUGUAUAUCCACGGUUGGCUGUCAGUGGAACGUGUGUUAGGUUAUCCAAAAUACUAGUUACACUGUGCAACUUCUUCAGUGCUUCGAAAGGCAGAAGAUUGAAAUGUCGGAAAAUUCGGCAACUGACGAAUACGCACAUGUAGCCAAAGGGCCUUUGAAGUUGAAAUGUGACCCAGCAACUAUAAAGAAAAAAAAGAAGAAAAAAGAAACGGAGAAGAAGAUGAUAGAAAUGGCAAAGAUUAUUGAGGAAGAAAAACCAAAAUCAGCUGAACUCAAGCGAACCAAGGCCGAAAUGGCUUUCCAAAAGAUGCAGGAGAAGAUGCAAACGGAACGGAUCAAACAAAAAGCAUCAAUGACACACAAACAACGUGUAGAAGAAUUCAACAGGCAUUUGGACAGUCUAACAGAGCACUUUGAUAUACCGAAAGUCAGUUGGACUAAAUAAACACACUUACAAUUAUGCUGUUGCACAAAAUUAAGACAAACUUUUUAUUUUAAAAAUUAUUUGUUAUUUCACCAAUAUAUACAUAUGUAUAAUUGCUACGGUAGUUCAAAUAAAUUUAAAAUAGCCAUAAUUGUAGCUGUACUCUUACACAGAGUAAAUUUAAAACUGAUGUUACUCUGUUGUUGAUAUAAGAGUCAACUGGUAGAUGUAACGAUGAGUAACUUGUUACAGUAAUAAUAUACUGUAUCUUAAAUAUCGUUACAUAUAUAAAGUAUUUGAUGAAUGGGAAAAGUAAAAUAAUGUAGUAGGCAUGGAGAUCUUGUUUUUAACAGAGUAGAAAAACUGUAUUCUAAGCCGAAGCUAAGGAAUAAUAUAAAAUACUUAUUCAUCUUUGUAUAAUGUAUAUAAUAUUGAAAACUUUCUUCAUGCACAUAUUGUGAGAUAUUAGGGCAUAGACAGUUUCAAUGGCAGUUGCAGUUAUUACUUGCCACAGUUCAUAAUGGACGGAUAAGCACUUAGCUGCUAAAAAUAAACUAGUGAUAAAUGUUACAAAAAUGGUGUAAACUAAAUACAUAUGUCAUUUAUUUUCUAAAAAAUUAAUGCCGACAAUAUAAAAUCCUUUUAUGCCUUACGUAAUCGUUUCGACUCAUCAAUAAAUUUUUUAAAUAUCUUAAAUACAUGUGACAACUGUAUAAUGUGCCAUAACAAUGAACAGGUAUAAUGGACGGAAUUGAUUAGCUACCAUGUUUCGGCACAUGUAUUGAUAAUUGUAAUAAAUAUGAUACAUGAUUUGCUGUCACAGCAAACGUACACAUAAAAUAGACUGCAUUUACUCAUCUGCGAUGCUUCUAGCUCAACUUGUAAAUUAUGUAUAAUACACACACACAUUACUAGCUGCAAUAA